CUAGUGAUCAUCAAAAUGUUGUAAUAGUAGACAAAAGCAACAGUGUUCAAUAUCAUAUUUCAUGGAGAAUUUACAAUCUGUAUGCUAAUAAGAUUGUUAGUCUAUUACUGGUACGCCAAUGAAAUCAUGCUGGAGAGUCUCAACGUGUCCACAGCAGUAUACGAGUGUGGCUGGUACGACGAACCACAAAAUGUAAAGCAAAUGAUGCUACUUGUGAUUCAAAGAGCUAACAAAGCAUUGGAGCUGGAUAUAGGUCCGUUCACCACGAUGACUUUGAGAUCAUUUCUAGGGAUAAUAAAGGCCACCUAUUCUUACUUGAUGGUAAUGUAUAGAUAAGUUAAAA